AUGGCGACUAUGCCACAAGCAUUCUUUUGCCUGUGGCAGGACGAGCACAUCCGGGAAAUCCUCUUCGACCUUUUGCCAAAGGAAGACAUUUGCAAUGUCCGCCUCGCAUCUUCAGCUUGCUGCAACCUCGUUACCAAGCGGCUCUUCCUACGAACCAACGUGACCUUCAACCCAAACACUUUUACCAAGCAGUCCAGGAUCCAGGCCCUGUCGCAAAUCGGCCAUCACAUCGAGCAUUUGACUUUCUACUUUCCGCACUCGGAUGCGACCUUUUUACCACCACUAAUCCACCCCGAGACUGGGCGUGAGAUUAGCUUUCUAUAUACCCCCUACACUUCGAUGGCAUCGGCUAUGGCAAGGCCCAAGUUUGCAAACAGCGAACUCGGCGAAAUCCUAACGCAACAAUAUCCACCAUUAUUCCACGCGGCAUCCAAUGUGCCGUCCUUUAUCAAUGCGAUGAGAAACCUGUCAAACGUGAGGCACAUUACUAUUAAGACGCCUGGACAGGAUCCCAAGGAGAGAUACAGGCGCGAUAUAGUCGAUUACGCCUUGAUCAGCCUUCGCAUCUCGCUGGAGAGGGCGCCUCUGCCCAAGCUCAUGAAGUUGUCCUUGUCUUCAGUGCACCCUUCCGCCUUUACAUACUUGCGCCACGUCCCUGGCUUUGGCUGCACGCCUUCAGCUGGUAGACGGUGGAAGCAGAUUCGCAAACUGCACAUUUCAGCAGAGGCAUGGGAUUUCUAUGGUCCAUCGCCCGGACUGGAUCAUCUCAAGAUCAUUGAAGACUACAUUCGCAACUUCUCCGACUGCCUGGAGAAGUUGACAUUCACAUGGAUUGGUCGCAAGGGCCCGUGUCCCAUUGCAUUGGCGCAAGAUCCCUUGUUUGCGCCGCCUCGAAGCUCGCAGAAGCUAUUCCAAGAGGUGACCUCGCCAAUGUCUCCAUUGCCCCCGGCACCGAGCAGGAAGCCUAUUAAAUUCCGCAAGCUGCGAAAUCUGUCUAUCCGCAAUGCGACCAUGAAUGCACCGCAGGUAGCAGAGCUGAUUUCGUCGCACCAACAGCACAUGCGCGAAUUUGACUUUGAGAAUGUCGUUCUUAUCAACGAUGGCAGCUGGGAUGAUGCUCUGGCGCCGCUCAUGGACGACAGUUCUCGCAAUGAGACCUGGACGCGAAACUCGGUUGCUACCUUUAGUGAGGCUGCCAGCCUGUACUCUACCCCAACCGUUGACGAUCUACCCCUUCCUUCUCCCGCCAUGGCCUCUUUCACGGACGAAAUCAUGUCCGUAGACCACAUAGAAGGUCUCGAUGGUCUCAGUUUCUACCAGGAGCCAGAAGUGUACGAUCACGAUCUGCCUUCGGACUUGGAAUCCGCACGCCAGGCUAGCGUAUGCUCCAGCACGGUCAAGGGCAAACGCCUCACCAAGCGUCGCCGUAGGAGAAAGCCCGGGCAUGAGCAAACAGAAGCAGUUGAGGAAACCCGCGAGGAGGAGCCUCACACUCCCAAGGCGUCUCGCUUCUUCCGUCGCCAAAAGUCAGAAGCUAGCUUGGAGCCUGCGCAUGAUCUAGAGGUUCGCUCUCCGCCAAGAGAACCGCCGCGACCUGUACACUACCGUUCACGCUCGACCCUCUUUGGUGAGGCGAGCAGCAUCCAUUCAUCAACAUCAAGUCAGCGGCUGUACGGAGAGCUGGAGAGCCCUUCUGCCUCCAGCUCUUGCACCCGACUGUUUGGCGAGAUCACGCCCUCGCUGAGCUCUACCCACACCCCAACGGAUGCGGGUUCCAUAGAUGAAUACUUCCGACCCAUCACACCCAUUCGCGAGUCGGAACUGGAGAUCUCUGCGCCCAUUCUAAAUACCCAACCAUCCAUGCCUGCCCUCCUACACCCCACCAUCUAUGACCCCACAGCAGAACUGUGCGGCGAGAUAAGCGCAGUGCAACGCGACCUCGAAGCUGAGGAGGCGCAACGAGCGCUGGCCGAAGAUCCGGACAUGCGCAUGACGGCUUUAAAGAAAGCCAAGGAAACUGUAAUGACCAAGCUGACCGAGCAAUUUGCCGGUAAGAAACAGCCCAGAAAGGAGAACACAGUAACCCCAGCGGCCAUGGCGGCCAUGGGCGUUCGGUUUCAGGAGCGUCUCUUUGGAAGGACAGGCUCGCCGCCUCCACAGACGACUUUUGAUCACCAAACGAUGGAUGUACCAAUCUUGUUCACCCAAUGA